AUGCCCACCAAGUUCAAACUCAACACUGGCGCGGAAAUUCCAGGCAUUGGCUUCGGGACAUGGCAGGACGAGGCGGCCCAGGAAGACGCCGUGACCGAGGCGCUCAAAGCCGGUUAUCGACACAUUGAUACUGCACGAGUAUAUCUCACCGAGAAACCGGUCGGCAAAGCAAUCAAGAAAAGCGGAAUUCCACGUGAAGAGCUUUUCAUCACGACCAAAUUAUGGAACAACAAGCAUCAUCCAGAUGAUGUAGCGCCAGCACUGCGGCAAUCACUCGAUGAUCUGGCAAUGGAAUAUGUGGACUUGUAUCUGAUACAUUGGCCGGUCGCUUGGAAACGCGGAGAUGAGCUCUUCCCCAAGAGGAAUGGUAAUAUGAUUCUUGAGGAUAUCGAUAUCGUCGACACGUACAAGGCCAUGGAGAAGCUACUCAGCACCGGAAAAGUCAAAGCCAUCGGCGUCUCAAAUUUCUCCAAAGCCGAGAUGGAGCGACUUCUACAGAAUACCUCCGUCGUCCCGGCAGUUCACCAGAUGGAGUGUCAUCCCUGGCUCCAGCAGCGUGAAUUCACAACAUGGCACCGCAAGAAAGGUAUCCAUGUCACGCACUACUCUCCGUUCGGUAAUCAGAAUCAGUUCUACGGGGAGAAGGGCUCGAUUGGAAAGUUGAUUGAUGAGCCUGUCCUCGCUGAAGUUGGCAAGCAGUACAAUAAGAGUGCUCCUCAAGUCACACUAGCUUGGGGAAUUACUCAGGGUCAUUCCGUCCUUCCGAAGUCGAAAACGCCGUCGCGGAUUCAGGCGAAUCUUAAGGGCGACUUUAGAUUGUCGCCUCGUGAUAUGGAGAAGAUUCAGUAUAUCGACAAGAAGCUGCGCUUCAACGAUAGUAGUGGAGAGUUUGGGCGAGAGUUCUUUACGGACCUGGAAGGGAAAUAA